CAGUCUGUCCCCCUCCUCCCUUGUUUGGAGGACAUACAGGUUUAUGCAUGUUAGGCAGUGAACUAAGGGGAGUUGAAGGUUAGUUUUUUUCCUUCCAAAAAGGUCAUUUGCUAUUAAGUCAGUCUGUAUUCUGGCCUUGUGGACGAUACUGUGGAAGCUAAUUUCUGAAUAGGACACAAAUCCUGAAUAUUUAACUUGGCAAAAAAUUUUUACAUAAAGGCGCAGUAAAAGCUUCAUUGCUAAGUGGUAUACUUGGGUUCUGGGGUUAAUUUUAAUUAGUGGAAGUAAGAAACCUUUCACCUUCAGGAAUUGAAGCAAAAAUAUUUCCAAAAUGUGUUUCUAUGCUUCUCUGUUUUAGUAGGUAGAAGAUAUGACAUACAUUGGGAUCUUUUCUUUAGAGGUUGAAGAGAAUGCUGUGCCUUACUCAUCAAUGAUGAUUUGUUGUCGUUAUAUAGGCUGUUGUGCCUUAGAUAAUUUUGAAAAGGUGGGCUGAAUGCCUCAUUUUCUGGAGAAACUGAAUUCAGUGAAGUGCUAUGAUUUGGGUUGUGAGGAUGGUAAGCUAAAAGAUUAGCGGUGAGGGAAGAGAAUUUUAAAGAAAAGCCCCUAAACCAAGGAAAGGCCUCCCACUAUUGCUUUAACCCCCUCUGGAAAUCCCAGGAAACUUGGGAAGACUGGCUGUGCCACCACUGCCAGCUUGGUGACCUGCCAGUUAAGACUUAACAGGUCGAGGACCUGUUCUGGUCUCUUGCGUUCUGCUAAAUAAACAAACCAGGAUUUUUUUUUUUUUUUUUUUUUUAAAGAGUCCUGAAGUCAACUUGUUUUUGGAUUUGCCUUUUCUCUCCUAAAAGUUGUGUCAGGACAAGGUAUAGUUAGCUGGAAAUAGUUGCAGACCAUAUUCUGGCUAUUUGAGGUGUUUAGCAAAAUUCUGGAAGUGGUAAGAUUUGCAAGAAAAGAAUCUUAGAGUGGGAUGUUUUCCUAAACUUAGGGUUCAGUGCUCUCAAAAGAGACUGUCACAAGAAGUUGAAGUCAUUUUUAAAAAGUCACUUGGAUACAAAAUGUAUGUAAAUGUUUAGUAUUUAAAGUACUUAACAUGGGAGUUCCCAUUGUGGCUCAGCAGUUAAGGAACCCGACUAGUACCCAGGAGGAUGUGGGUUUGAUCUUUCUCCUCAAUCAGUGGGUUAAGGAUCUGGCAAUGCUGUGAGCUGUGGUAUAGGUCGCAGAUGUGGCUUGGUUCCUGAAUUGCUGUGGUGUAGGCCAGCGGCUAUAGCUCUAAUUCAACCCUAGCCUGGGAACCUCCAUAUGCUGCAGAUGCGGCCCUAAAAAGACAAAAAUAAAAUAAAAAAUAAAGUACUUAGCAUGAAUUUUAUUAAAUUGAAGUUCUUUAGUGUGGGUAAGAGUUAAAACUAUCUUACGUGUAGUGAGAUAUGAAUCUGCCUCUAUGGAAAGAGAAAAGAAAAACCCAAGAUAUUGAUUCCAUAUUUGUUGUCACCUUUUAUUUAUUUUUAAUGCAAAUUUGUUGUAAACAAAUAUUUUCUUGUCUGUUGAUUUUAAGCAUAUGAGUUCUCUUUUUCCUGUAUUUAACAUUUCUCAAAUGUUGUCUAACAGAGCCAGAUUUUGUAAGUGCAGCAGGUGGGCUGGAAUGUAACACUACACUGAGCCUUUUGUCUACGGGUGAAGUCAACUUCUCAUAUGCUAAGAGACCAGCUGUUUCUGAGGGACUAUUGCUCUUACAGUUGUUUUCAUCAUUUUUAUCACUGAAUAGUGGCUUUUAAUCUCCAGACUCUAUUUGGCGGUGGGGGAUGGGGAGAGAGGGUGCCUUAUUGUUUGAUUAAUUAUACAUCUAUUUACUAAAAGCUCUAUCUUUUUAAAAAUUCUGUGGCUGCAUCUGUAGCAUAUGGAAGGCCCCUGGCCAGGGAUUGCAUCCGAGCCACAGCUCCGACCUUCAUGGCAAUGCCAAAUCCUUUUAAACCACUGCACCCAGCUGGGUAUCAAACCCUUGCCGCCUCAGCCACCCGAGCUGCUGCAGCUGGAGUCUUAACUGCAUAACGGCAGGAACUCCUAAAAGCUCUAUCUUUCGGAAGCUCAAACUGAUUAGGAAUUGUGUUGGAGUGCUAACAUUUUAUUGUAAUAUAGAUUAUUGUCGUAGUAUUGUAGUAUUUAAGAUUAUUUUAUCUGUAGAUAAUUUUCUUUGUGAUAUUCUAACACAUUUGAAUGACAUCUUUAAGGUUCCAGUAUUCCCUUGAUUCUAAACCACAGUUUGUUCACAUUUUAAUCUUGAAGACAGGAUGCCGUAAGUAAGCGGCGUUGUGCCAUAGCUUAAUUGGAAACUUCCACCCCCCACCCCCGUGCUACAUGAAAUAAUGUAGCAUUUUAUAAUCAGUGGCAUCUUAGAUUUAAUGAAACUUGGUACAGUUAAAAGAUUUGUAUCCAAUUAAUUCAUUGUUAAUUGUAACCAGUUAAUUUUCCAAAUCUGCCUUUGUGCUCUGAGGAAAGUUUGUUAUUGAAAGGAACCCUAUUGGAAGUAAUAUUUUUUCUUUAUGUAGAUGGAAAUUAAUGAACUGUUUUGCUUCAGAUUUUAAAGGAUGAUUGAUGGCUAGUUCUGCGUUUUGGAAACUGUACUUGGUGUUUUGUUGCUCUGUGCACCUGUUUACAAACAGUUUACAAAUGCUUUACUUGCAACUUAAGUUUAAAAUGAUUAGGGUGAAUUGCUCCUCCUUUUCUUCUGUACCUGAUAUUGUUAACUUGGUGUAAUUGAUUUUUAAUAUGCCUUAAUUAGUGAGUUAUAAUUUAAAAUCUACUCAGCUGAUUCCUGUAAAAAAUUCAAGACCUUCAACGUUGUAGUCCUGUUUUAGUCUCUUCUGCAGAGGGGAUUUGAGGAAGGAGAACAGGGAGAAGAAAAGCCACUGUUUUGGCAUUCAGCUUUGAGAGGAAUAAUCCACAGAUGGUAUAAGAAUCUAAACACAUUUAGUAACAUACAUUAUAUUUUAUUUAAGUAGAACAGCAAAAGCAACUCAGCAGGUGAACUAUCAGUUACUUGCCGAACACUGUUGAUUUGAUAAACGAUUCAGAAGUGAAGGAAUAUACUGCUUUGAAAAUAAAAUAGGUAUAGUAAAUGAAUUAAAUCCAUUUUUCAUCUCUCCUGGAAAGGCACCAUCAAUGCUAGUGGCUCCACUGCUUCGGCAUGGCUUUCUUCUUGAUAAAAGUUUAGUUUUUUUCUUAAGGCAUAUGUAUCUUAACCUGUCAAGGGCAAAAGGCAAUAAAAGCUAUUUUUAAAAAUUGGCUGAUAAGGUUACGUGUGGCAGGGGCAGUUGGGGGUGGGUGUCAGGCAAUGUUUUCUAAAUAAUAGAGGGAAAAUGAGACUUUUAAACAAACAUUAAAAUAUAGUCUCAAAUCUAUAAGCAGCUAGAAGAGGGCAUUGGUGGAUGGUUUCCUAUAGAUUUUGGAUACCUUUGUGAAGUUUGUAUGAGCUUUAGAAUCUUAAGUGGCUAUGCAUGUUCUUUUAGUCUAGCUUAUCAGCUAGCCGUCUAGUCAUUUUAAGUUUUAGGAAAAUGUAGUACCCGAGAAAGGGAAAUUUCUAGAACAAUUAUAGUGCAAGUGUAAAGUUCUAAACAGGAUAAAGCAGUGAAGUUUGUCAUAAAUUAUUUUGAAGUUGAAGGGCAGUGCUGUCAGACUCUUUUAUGUAACUGACAGUCUUAGACACACCCAUCUUUCAGACAGCAUUCUGCUGACAGGCCACCACCCUGACAAGGGGAAGACCACCAAGAUCUUCCCCUUAUAACAGGUGAUCCUGUCACCAGGAAUGCAUUCAGUCACUCACUCCUCUUCUCCCCAAAGCUCUGCUCCUUGAUUCUUGUUUGGCACCAGCCUCAUUGAAGGCACAGUUGGGAGGAGCCAGUGGCAAGGAGCAGUGGAGGAGAAGACAAAGCUUAUCUUGAUUCUGCCAACCUUCCAAAUGGGUCUGUGGGCUGUGGUAAGAGCUUAGCAGUGUGGUCUCUGGUGGUGGUGUGUGGCAUCGACAACAACGGAGGAUUUGAGAAAAAGAAGCCCCUCCUGCCAGCUCUUCCUGAACCCUUACUUUUAAUUUUCACUCCCCUAGGCUGUUAUUUUACAUACCUGUCUUUUCACUCUUCCAUUCUUUGACCCUGACCCUGCUUUUCAGCAUUAUCCCCUUACUCCCCCUGGCCAAGUGGGUUAAGGAUCUAGUGUUGCCACAGCUGCGGCAUAGGUCACAGCUGUAGCUUGUAUUCAACCCCUGGCCUGAGAACUUCCAUAUGCUGCAGGUUUGGCCAAAAAAAAAAAAAAAAGAAAAGAAAAGAAAGAAAAUUUCAUUCUUUUCACUAAAUAUUUGUUUUGGAAAAGUUAUUUUUUCCAUAAAAAAUGUUAUGUUAGUAUGUAAUGGGUUUCGUAUUUAUAAUGAGUGAAUACUCAAAAAUUUCCUCAAUUUUAGGAGUUCCUGUCGUGGCGCAGUGGUUAACGAAUCCGACUAGGAACCAUGAGGAUCAUGGAUUUUCCUGGCCACUUUGAACAGAUCUUCCAGCAGCUGAACUACCAGAGACUUCACGGGCAGCUCUGUGAUUGUGUCAUCAUGGUGGGGAACAGACAUUUCAAAGCUCACCGCUCCAUCCUGGCGGCAUGUAGCAUGCACUUCCGAGCCCUGUUCUCAGUGGCAGAGGGAGAUCAGACCAUGAACAUGAUCCAGCUGGAUAGCGAGGUGGUGACAGCAGAGGCCUUUGCUGCACUGAUUGACAUGAUGUAUACCUCCACCCUCAUGCUGGGGGAGAGCAAUGUUAUGGAUGUCUUAUUGGCAGCCUCUCACCUUCAUCUGAACUCUGUUGUUAAGGCAUGUAAGCAUUACCUAACGACAAGGACGCUGCCCAUGUCCCCCCCGAGUGAGCGCGUUCAGCAGCAGAGUGCCCGCAUGCAGCGCUCCUUUAUGCUGCAGCAGCUGGGCCUGAGCAUCGUGAGCUCAGUCCUCAAUUCCAGCCAGAGUGGCGAGGAGCAGCCGGCCCCCAUGAGCUCCUCAAUGCUCAGUAACCUGGACCAGCAGACACCCUUCCCCAUGAGACGCUUGCAUAAGCGCAAGCAGUCUGCAGAGGAGCGGGCCCGGCAGCGCCUCCCACCCGCCCUGGAUGAGUCUGCCAUCUCCGACGUGACGCCAGAGAAUGGGCCGUCGGGGGUUCAUUCCCGGGAGGAGUUCUUUUCACCAGACUCUCUGAAGAUUGUGGAUAACCCUAAGGCCACCGGGAUGGCCGACAACCAGGAUGACAGUGCCAUGAUGUUUGAGCAGUCUUUCGGUGCUCAGGAAGAGGCCCAGGUGCCCAGCCAGUCGGACAACAGCGCCGGCAACAUGGCCCAGCUGUCCAUGGCCUCCCGAGCCACUCAGGUCAAGACUAGUUUUGAGCAGGAAGCUGCGACUGAGAAAAGUGGUUUUCAGUGUGAAAACCCUGAGGUUGGCCUUGGCGAGAAGGAGCACAUGAGAGUGGUGGUUAAAUCUGAGUCCCUGAGCUCUCCCGAGCCUCAGGAUGAAGUGAGCGACGUGACCUCCCAGGCGGAAGGCAGUGAAUCAGUGGAAGUGGAGGGAGUGGUGGUCAGUGCUGAGAAGAUCGACCUCAGCCCCGAGAGCAGCGACCGGAGUUUUUCUGAUCCCCAGUCCAGCACCGACCGGGUUGGGGACAUCCAUAUUUUGGAAGUCACAAAUAACCUCGAGCAUAAAUCCACUUUCAGCAUUUCAAAUUUUCUUAACAAGAGCAGAGGGAGUAACUUCAGCGCAAAUCAGAGCAAUGAUGAUAAUAUCCCAAACACCACUAGUGACUGCAGGCUGGAGGGAGAGGCCCCCUAUUUGCUGAGUCCAGAGGCUGGGCCUGCGGGCGGGCCCUCCUCGGCCCCUGGCCCUCACGGGGAGAACCCAUUCAGUGAGCCCGCAGACUCCCACUUCGUCAGGCCUAUGCAGGAAGUGAUGGGCCUGCCCUGUGUGCAGACCUCAAGCUACCAGGGAGGAGGACAGUUUGGGAUGGAUUUUUCCAGGUCUGGUAUGGGGCUGCAUUCCUCCUUCUCCAGGGUGAUGAUGGGCUCCCCAAGAGGAGGAGCCAGUAACUUUCCCUACUACCGCCGCAUAGCUCCCAAGAUGCCAGUGGUCACUUCGGUCAGGAGCUCUCAGAUCCCCGAGAACGUUGCCAGCUCUCAGCUCAUGAUGAACACGGCCACAUCCUCAUUUGAAAAUGGCCAUCCUUCACAGCCCGGCCCUCCACAGUUGACAAGGGCAUCUGCCGAUGUCCUGUUAAAGUGCAAGAAGGCCUUGUCAGAGCACAACGUCUUGGUUGUAGAGGGAGCUCGCAAGUAUGCCUGCAAAAUCUGCUGCAAGACUUUCCUGACCUUGACAGAUUGCAAGAAGCACAUCCGUGUUCACACAGGUGAGAAACCCUAUGCCUGCCUGAAGUGUGGCAAGAGGUUCAGUCAGUCCAGCCACCUGUACAAACACUCAAAGACCACCUGUCUGCGCUGGCAGAGCAGCAACCUCCCCAGCACCUUGCUCUAACCCCACCUCGAGAUAAUGCCAACACUAGCUGCGGGACCGAAACUCAAAUCUCUCCUGGUUGGUGGUUAAUGCUGUUGUGUUGGAGGCUUCAGGCUGCGAAUGGCUCUUGCAAACUCCGACGAUUAGUAAGUGGAGAAUUAAUAGCUGUAGUGCUUGUGCUGCUGCAUUUCUAAGUGAAAUGCACGCUUUCAGAGCGGGGAGCCAAUCCCUGAAACCAGGUUCUUCCUUGGAGUCAAGUAAUGCAGUCAGAAAGUAGUUGGUAACUAAUGUUGUUAAAAGUGGCACAUUGAAAAUUAAAAAUCGAAGUGCAAAAAAAAUUUUUAGCAAUUUUUGUAGAACUCUGCGAAGCAUUUAAUUAAAUUUCCUAUAUACCUUCUGAUGGGAAUAUUGUAUACCUGUACAGUGAUACAAACGCACUUACGUGUAACCAGUGGCAACUUUGUGCCUAAAAGGAAGGCCCUAGAGGACACGCCUGUCCACCACAAAUGCUUUAAAGUGUAUCAUGAGCUAGUCCUAGGCCUCAGAAAGUACUGUAUUUUUUAUUUUUGUCUGAUUUGCAGUCACAGACACUGCACUUUGAUGGUGCUGACACUGGGCCCAGAGCAAGCAUUCUCUGGGCUAUUAGGUGUAUAUAUACUUUUGAAAACAUCACUGUUGGAUAGAUGUUUUAACAAUUUUUCCUGGUUUUAAAAACAAAGUUGUAAGAGGAGUAUGUACUUAUAGGGAGUGACAAGUAAGGUAUUGUUUCCGUAUGUGCUGUUUUAGCAGUAUUUUAACCAACCUGUAUUACAUAUGUGUUACAGUUCCACGUUUGGAAGUCAGAAAAGAGCUAGUGUUUGUCUUCGUUCUGAUGAUGUGGAGUCCUGUUUAGUGGGAUCUUUCAUGGUGCAUUUACCCUUUGCUCCAUGCAGACUUCGGGGGCCGGUCUAGCCGGACACAUCUCACCCAAUGGCAAGCCCCUUCUCUGCUUGGCUUCUUCACACUCUCAUGCCCCUUAGGGCAUCUUUCCAAGUCUAGAUUACUGUUUCUAGUUAAAAACUAACCAAAAGUGAAGUCAACCCCCUCCCCCCAUCCGCCAUAGGUUUUAUUACUGUUAAAUACUAUAGUUUUAAGGUACAGGCCCUGAACUUUUGUUGUUGCCCCAACCCAAUACCGAAUGUUUAAGAUCGUUAGACACAUAGCAGUCUUCAUGGACAAAUACUCUGCAGACUCUGUAAGAGGGUUGGGCAGCCCGGAGCAUAGAAUUCACCACGUAGCAUCUGAGACAGAGGAGACAUCUGGUCACUGCCCUAGGCCUUCUCUGGGCCCCGCAGCCUCACUUGCCCAGCCCUCCCGUGGUCUCCUGACCUCAUGCCACCAGGGCUUCAGGCAGCACCGUUUGGCAGAGCCCUGACUUGGUGCUCCAGGGCGAACAGCACAGGUUAUCGUGUUUCUGUAGAGCUCGUGGAGUUGGUUUAAUUCAUGCAUGAACAUGAGUUCAUUUUUUAUACAGCUUUUUUAGAGACACCAAGCCAUGGUGCAUAACUGAGAAACCCGUCAGUCCUUGUGUUUAGAAAGGUCAUCAGCGUGUUUUCGCCUCUUCAUCGAGUGUGUGCAGUUACACAUCUGUCCGUGGAUAAACUUAUUACAUGUUCAUUGUCGGGCUCAGCAUCUCCUAUGAACUCAUUCCCAGGGAGGAAAACCAAAAGGGAAACUUCUGAUUCCUCUCCUUCCAUCAGAUGUGGGGAGAGAUGGUUGGAUUCCUUGUGGAAUGCAGGUGUGUGUGGCUGAUUGUUGGCAGUCGUGCUCUGACUUGACAUGAGGAGCUCUACAUCCACCCUUCUGUGGGGACCAGUGUCUGAGAUGAACCCUGGGAAGCAGGCAGGUGGGUCAGCGUGGAGAAUAAGAGCGGCCCUGCCUGGCCUGGGAAGAGGGACUGGUGGCACCAGGAAGAGCAGCGGCAGCCCUGCUCCCCUUCCACCUCGAAGAGGAGGUGCCAGAAGCUGCCGCCUCACCUGAGCUCCAGCUUAAGUGGACUUGGCUUCCUUCGGGGCCUGUCUCUGACACGGCGGCGGGAGCCCUGCCUCUCCACUGCCAGGUGGAAUCUGGAAUCUCUCAUCUACCUCUUAGUCAAUCAGUUUCUACGUGUGAGAAGCAAGCUUGUGGGCCAGUGUCCUCGUACAUGCUGUAGCACUUAAGAAAUAAUUCAGAGGUUCCCCGGAAAAACAGUCCCAGGUUUCCUUUGAUCAGUAGUUUUUACCUGAAUUAUAACUGGUAUUGGGUACCUGGAUUUUGAUGGUUAGCCUUAAUUAUAGCCUGGCAUAAUCAUUUCUGGUGACCAAAUCAUAAAGUUCUAUCAGGGCACCCAUGUCAGUGGUGCUAUGCUGGUCAAAAUUUGAAACUUUGAAAUAAAGAAUUUGUCAUAUUCAUGCCUCGAGCUAA